AUGUCAGUCAGCUCCUACGAGCGUCUGGACUCGCUGAACAGUGAGACCAUUGGCGGAGAACCCAGAAGAUCAUCGACACGAUCCAGCUCAAAGGGUCUCUGGCAAUUCAUUCUAGCAUCCAAGUGGAGUAUAUCUCUAUCUUUGGCGGCUGGAAUUGCCAUUGAAGUGGGCGUGAUUAUAUUCACUUUUUGGUUAGCACAACAGCGCACACUAUCAUGUCCCGACUGGGCGAUUGACUGCAAAGUGCCUUCACGUGUAACAUGGAUCGCGAACCAUUACCAAUCCACGCAGGGUGUUGUCGGUGCCUGCUACUCAAUCGGCCUCACUACCCAGUCAUACUUGGCACACUCCUUGUCGGAAUCUGCCGUUUGGCCACUGGUGACCAAGCAACGAUUCAGCCUUGACAAAAUGGACGAUUAUCUGGCUCUAAGCCGUGGCGCUCUUGCUGCUAUGCCGUCGGUCAUGAAAUCGGCCAGGACCAAGAGCACCUGGUUCGUGUCACUGAUCAUAGGCCUCGCAAUAAUUUGCCCUCUAGCUUCUACGCCAUUAGUUGGUUAUGUCUAUGAACAAAUAAACCAGCCAGUACAAUUUGCAGGAAACUAUACCCCUGGCGGAGGAAUAGGGCGUGUGUAUCGCCAGACAAAUGGUUCAGAACAUUUGCAGGCCGAGGCGCUAAGCCUAUAUGCUUCGUGGGCUCACGGUCUGGUGAAUGAGACGACAUUAUUGGAUACGUACCGAGACUGGUACGUGCGACGAGACGUGCUGGCUCAACGGGGAAACAUGACGGUCAAUGCGGUGAGGGUGCAAAAGAACAUUACGUGCCAAGGAGUUCAGGUCGAUUAUAACCCUGAUAGCCCGUACAAUUUCCGAACCAACAUGUCCCGCCGUGACUCUGACAAUGCUGCAGAAGUCCAGGUUGGGACGAUUCCAAAACUCACAGUCUGGGCGCAUGAUUAUGGUUUCCUCUCCACGACUCGUACCACUGCCACUUUAAUCUUUUCAGUCUUGAACGGAGAAAUCGAGGGCGGGGCGUGGACGUCAAUAGAUGGGUGGCCUUUGGUGAAUGGAACAUCAUCUAUUGCGUGUGACGUGGACGUCGAGUUUGUCGACGAGACUCUAAGAAUUGGAGAUGGAGGCAUUUCCUCUGAUUCACCCGUGACAAUAAGCUCGGUAAAGCAGAUCCACACUGCCGACAACUCGGAUCCGUUUGGGAACAACAAGAGCGAGGUGGCCCUGUGGUUCGCCGUGGCGCCAAUCAUCUGCGGCAUCUCGGUAGGCGAUCGCCAGCCCUUGUUCUUUAACAAUUCAGUCACCAAUCUUCCCGAUCUGGAGGUCACUGGCAACAAAGUACCAGCCAUCUUUACCGCGGAUGGUAUCGAGAGAUUCAUCGACGUAGCUAUUGGCGCCAUGGCCUUGGGAACAUCUAGCCACUGGUCCGAACGCAACGAUUCUCUCACCAUCAAGUCGAGCAUUCUUCAGCGCAAGAUGCACGCCUCGCGUCCGCCCAUGCUCCUGAUUCUGCCUCUACUGCUGGUCUUGUACACCGGACUCUUGGCUGCUUGGAAUGCGCGGGCGCACCAGCAGCGGCGCGUUCCCAUGAUGCGGAUGGCCGGCAUCGCCGAGGUCCUCAAGAGUUCACAGUCCGAGGAGAUCAAGGCGCUGGCAACUCGAGACCCGCAAUUUCCUCGACAGCGGGCUGCAUUCAGCGAGCGCCCAAAGAUGAAAUUUGGUGUUACCCCUGGCGAUGUCGUAGGGCUGGGGAGUCACGGAGUUCGAAAACUGUAA